UUCGAAGCAGAUCUUUUUCUAAUGCCUUGCUCUCGGGCUAGUUUUCGCAUAUCGCCCCCGUCGAAGCACAAUGGAAGGUCUGGCUUUCGCAUAACAACAUCCAGAACAAGAGGUUUGGGAUUACGAUGGGGAUUGCAAAUAUCUGUCUUGACUUGACUGUUCGCUCGAUGCCAAUCACGGAUGAAAUGUUGGCCAUGUUAGCACCGACCACGUGAUGUGCAGUCCACGGGCAUCUAUUUGUCUCUCUCCCUGGGCGUGAAUGAUGAGGGCACUUUGGCAAAGAGAUACUAAGCAAGAGAAGAAGGAAGCAGAUGCAGACGGCAUGAAUCCUGUUGAUCGCAACGCCGAGUCCGACGAGGAGAGCGAUCAGGACGAAAUUGCACUGAACUUGAAAGAAUCGGCCCCUUCUCCCGUAUCCAUCGCAUGACUUGUACAGUGCAUCCGUUUGACAACUUCCGGUCUUCUGCCCCUGCAACGGGAGAUAAAGUAAGCUUUGGAAACAGCCAUGUCCGGACAACACUAUUCUCUCUCAGCUUUGUUUGUCUUUGGCCAUCCAACACAUGGGCCUAUGGUCGAUAUCUAUCAGGGUGGAUUGGAUCCACUGAUCGUUCCGAUACGGAUCAAUUCGAUUCCCCAGAGGCACGGCCCUUCGAAUGCUAAGCAGAUAAACCCUAUCAUAACUUAGAGUCGUCGUUCUCUGUAGUCCCACACGGGCUUACCUGAUUAAGUUGAGCAGGAUGUCAAGAGGGCCGAAUACUCGGCUUGGCGGAG